AUGGAUGCAUCUGAGAACGAAGAGUUCAAGACUUCUCGAAAGCGAAUGCGCACCGGCGCUUACCCAGAGUUGGAGAAGGCUCUGCUGCGAGCGACGGGACUGUGGGAGGAGCGGAAGGUGUGUGUGCUGCGCUUCUUCGCCACCGGCUGCUUCCAAGCGUCCGUAGGGGGCGAGAAGACGAUCCGUGUGUCGCACUCGACUGUGAGCGAGCGCGUGCGACGCGUGGCAGAGGCUGUCGUGAACGCAGGGGCCCGCAACAAGUGGGUCCAUUUUCCGAAGAAUGCCGAGGAAAAGACAGCGGCGAAGGAAGGUUUCCUUCGUCGCGUUGCUAUCCCCGACGUUAUCGGAUGCAUCUACGGCAGCCUCACAGCCAUUAUCGCACCCAAGUGUGAGCGCAAGGAUAUGUUCAUGUGUCGCAGGGGAUACAACGCCCUCAACUGCAUAUUCAUCUGCGACGCGGACAUGAAGAUCCGGCCCAUGGACCCUCUGCCACCAGGGUCGGACCCCGACGCGUUCCUCUGGCGGACCACAUGGCUGCGCUAG